AUGUCCGAAGACCUCCGCGAUGAGGUAGAGGCUCUCAACUCAAUUUACGGCGAGGGUUGUCUCGCCCCCUCUGAAGAUCAAGAUGAGAGCCCAGCAUCCUCAUCGACAACAUAUAUCUUGCAGUUACCCGGUGAUGAAGCCUCGUCAUUGAGGCUACAGUUUCCAGACUCAUACCCGGCUGAGCCACCGACGGUAUUGGGGACGCAGCACAGUUCCGGGGGGAGAAAAGGCGCUGGCGCGAGGGACCUGGGAGUGUUUAGGGAAGCCCUGGGGACGGUAUUCCAGCCGGGGAGCGUGUGCUUAUUCGAUGCGGUGGAGGAAUUCGUGAGAAGGAUGGAGGAGGAGAGGGAAAGAGAGGAACUUCGCGCGGUUGACGGCGGGCAGACGGAUUUCGCGGCCAUGACGCCUCCCCCGUGGACGCUAUCGGAGGUUGUCGUGGAGAACAAGUCGACGUUUGUGGCUCACGUCGCAAGAGUCUCGUCGCCGGCAGAAGCGAAGCUCUUUUUGCAGCACCUGCUCUGGUCCGACCGCCGGAUCCGCUCGGCGACGCACAACAUCACGGCGUGGAGGAUACGCGGGCCGGGGGGCACGAGCUAUUCCGACUGCGACGACGACGGCGAGGACGCUGCUGGCGGGAGGCUGCUGCAUUUGCUGCAGCUGAUGGAGGUUUGGGAUGCGAUGGUUGUUGUGACGAGGUGGUAUGGAGGCGUGAAGCUUGGGCCGAGGAGGUUUGCUUUGAUUAAUAGUGUGGCGAGGGAUGGGCUUGUGAGGGCUGGGAUGGGGGAUGGGGGUGGGAAGGAGAAGGAGAAGGAGAAGAAGAAGGGGAAGUGA